AGGCGUGACGACUGAGGACGAGAAAGAAAGCACAAAGCCAUUCCAACCUCACAUCGGCACCGUAAAGUGUCUCUCUCUCUCUCUCCCCGAAACCCUACCCCCAUUCCGACUUCCGUUGACCCACCUUCGGAUCCUUUCCUUUUCGUUUUAGAAGGAGAAGUAAUGGGUUUGAUCAAGAGCACCUUUUCGUUCAUGAUGGGCACUGUGGUCGGAAUUUACGUGGCCCAGAACUACGCCGUUCCGAAUAUCAAGAAGCUCGCCGGAACUGGGCUUCUCAUAGCGAGGCACAUCGAAGAGACUUAUCGCAAGCCGAAGAAGAGGGACGAGGAUGAUUAGUUUCCCGGUUUACGACAGCCAGGUUUUCUUUUUCCCAUGAUUGGUGGGUAGGGCUUUGUGGUGUAGGUCAUGGUCGUUGUCAGUUGGGAAUUGAGAUAAAAAUCUGGGCAAUUGGUUGCCUUUUGGUUCCAAAUUUGAUUGCAAUUUCUGCUAGUUCGACUCAAUUUUUGGUCUUUGAGAUACUAGACAAUGAAAAAAAACAAAAAAGAGAGACUGAAAGUUUUAUAGUCGCUCGUUUAUUUGUUAUAUUCACAAUAACUAUUAAACUUAAUUGCCUAGAGAUGGAAUUGAAUCGAGUGCUUUGACA